GUCACUGAGACCCGUGUGCAUUUGCCUCCGAGAGAGACUGCGACCCACUACAUAAUCACGCACAGCCCCCACAUAGCGAUUAGGACUACCAAAAUCAACACUCGGUGCAUAGUGCUAGCAAAAACACCAAUGCCUCUCGUGGGAUAAAUACAGGUUUGGCCAAUACCACCAUUAUGUGGUCUGAUAAGCCUGAAACUAAGAGUACGGAUGAAGAAGCCUUGCUGGCCAUUGUGGUUCUUUGUAGUAUGGCAUUUGUACCAUGGAACAAAUAUAAAUGUGGUCGGGAAGGCUGCUCACUCAGCUUCUCUCGCGCUCAGGAGUUGGCAAGACACAGGCGUACGCAUACACGCGAGUCGCUUGUCGUACCCCCUCCCGAUUCGGCGGACAGUGUUAAGACAGGUAGUGAGACUAGUCAACUGCCCAGUACUGUUCUUCAACAAGAGAUGUUAUUGUCCAAGCCGGCCAUGCAAGGCUAUCGAUCUGAGCUCACGAUGCACACGACAAGCAAUGAUCAGCUAGCAAUGGGCUCCUUUUCUACCAACAUCCCGCCUUCCUGGAGUGCUGAUGCUGAUACCACCAUUAGCCGGAACCCGAAACAGCAGCAGCAGCAGCAGCAACAGCAGAAUCAGCACCAGCAGCACCAGCAACAGUACAAAACGAACGGUGGUGUAGUGCGACACCAAAAUGCCACAGCUUCCCUUGCAAACAUUUCCAUUGUGCAAGGUGCCAGCAGUGAUAUGUUUCCCUCGACUCACGGGAUUCAGGAUGCACAAGGUUAUAGUUCCUCGGGGGUGACGUCACCGCCAGGUAAUAUGGUGCCAGAUACCGACAAUCACGAAGAAGAGAUUUGCCGCGUGAAACUGUCACUGAGUGGUGGAUCGCUACCAUCCAAGCACCGGCCAUUGAACCAUGUAUGUGGUUAUGAGGGCUGCACUCGCCGUUACCAAUACAGUUGCGACCUGACCCGGCACAUGCGUUCACAUACAGGCGAGAAGCCCUUUCAAUGUGGAAUCUGUAAGCGCAAUUUUUCAAGGCGGGCACACCUGACCGAGCACAAGGGCACACAUACCGGUGAGAAACCAUACCAGUGCGUGUUGUGCCGUACAAGAUUCACUCGGGCUAGGGAUAUGCGUCCACACAUGAGGAUUCACCACCGGCGAGUAUCAAAACCAACACCAAGCGUGAAGCAGAAAGACUCUCCGGGACGUGUCGAUGCACCCUCCGUUACAAACAUAGUGAGUCUGGCAUCACUAUCAGCAGUGAGGCCAGCUGGCCAAUUAUCUGAAACAGUCACUGCGUCGCCCAUUAGUGCCGCCUCUGUUACAUAUUGUAAUAGCACUGCUACAUCGACAGACACCGCCGCCUCCGUCUUCGCACAGCAACAGGUAACCAUGACAGGCUUACCCACUGUAAAUGUACAGCAACAGCAGCAGAUACAUUAUUUGCAGCAACAGCAACCAGUGAAGCAGCAGCAGCACCACCAGGAAUAUCUAGAUGGUCAUGAAGGCGUGCAGGACGAAUAAUAUCGAGGUAAUGAUGAGGUCGCCUUCGCUUACAAACAUGGCUAACAGACCAUCACUUACGAAGCGGAUUGCGGCUUUACAGUUCUCUGCCGCGUCCAUUGCCCCUGCGUUUAGUGCAGCUUCGGCCAUAUCUUUUCACAGAACCGCUGCAUCGACGACACUCGCCGGACCAGCCGCCAUGCACCAACAAGUAACCAUUGCAGGCUCAUCCAUGAAACGUACGGCAGCAUCAACAGCGGCAACAUCAUCUCCAGAAAAAGGAGUCCAACCAUCAGCAGCAGCACUGCCAACAUCACCGUCAAAGGCAACUCGUUAUACAUCUAGAGCAGAGGAGUGGAUGACUGGUGAAAUGGAGAAAACUUCCUGGUUCAUCAGCAGGCACAAAUGGUCUAACACCCUCAAAGUGUUCUGGUAUCCUUGGACUGCCCCUACCUCCAC